GAGGAGGCCGCCACUAGCAACUAACCUCAGCUUCCUAAACUCAACAGAAAUGUCGGAGGGGUUGUUGGAAGUGCCAGGAGCCCCGUGAUUGUGUCUGCCCGCCAAAGAGAGAUGGAAACCCAAGUUGUGCGGUGCAGCUUUAAAGGGGCUGGUGAUUGACAGAAUGUGUAGCAGUGGAUGGGGUGGAGCCGCUGGGUGGGGUCUGGGACAGGCAGCUGGGAGAAACCAAAAGGAAGAAAAAAGAAAACCAUAGCCCCUGAUAUCGCUAAUGCCAGGCGGGGGAAGCUAGCCAGAAAGGGAGGACAAGAGUGUUUUAGAGCUCACCUCCAUUCCUACCCCGAUCGACUCUCUCAAACCCUUCUGUCUCCUUUUCAGAUAAUUAAAUUCGAGUGUACACCGGCCCUAGUCGGUGCCCAUUCACCCUAACUCUCCACUGAACUAGGUUUGUAGUACGAGGGAGUGAGGACCCCGAGUCCACCAGCUCAACCCCAGCCCCGCCCCGUCGGCCUGGCCCGGGGCUGGGAGGAGAGGAUGCCUUUGGAGGCGCAGAAUCCGAAACCUGAAAAUUAUUAUUCGUGACAGAAGGACAAAAAAAGAAGUAAAAUGGAAGGCACGUCCAGACGUUUUCCAGGACUCCCUCCUGGCUAGCUGUGGCACACUAGCCCCCUUCAGGCUGCGUUCACUCAGCCAACCCCAGUCCUCUCCCUGGGAUCUGACCUCCGAAGCCUGAGCCUCAGCUACCAGCCCCCACCCUCCCUGGAGGUUGAGCAGAGAAGCCUCUCAGGCUGAUAUGGAUCAACUCAUAAACAACUUGGAGGUCCAACUUAAUUCAGAAGGUGGCUCAAAGCAUAUAUUCAAACAGGUCACUGGCCCUGUUAAAAUUAGAGAUUCCCUUAAGGCAGCAGACAGAGGUAAUAUGACAUCUCCACCACUCCUGGAUGCCAACCCCAUGGAGAACCCAGCACUGUUAAAUGACAUCAAGAUUGAGCCCCCAGAAGAACUUCUGGCUAAUGAUUUCAACCUGCCCCAGGUGGAACCAGUUGACCUCUCCUUUCACAAGCCAAAGUCUCCUCUUCAGCCUGCCAGUAUGCUGCAAGCUCCAAUACGUCCUCCCAAGCCACAGUCUGCUUCCCAGACUCUUGUAGUAUCCACUUCAACAUCAGACACAGGCACUUCAGCAAACAUCCCUACUGUUCUGACUCCAGGCUCUAUCCUAGCCUCCUCUCAGGGCACUGGUGGUCAGCAGAUCUUACAUGUGAUUCACACCAUCCCCUCAGUCAAUCUGCCAAAUAAGAUGGGUAGCCUGAAGGCCAUCCCAGUGAUGGUGCAAUCGCUGCCCAUGGUGUAUACUACUUUGCCUGCAGACGGGAGCCCUGCAGCCAUUACAGUCCCACUCAUUGGAGGAGAUGGCAAAAAUGCUGGAUCAGUUAAAGUUGACCCCACCUCCAUGUCUCCACUGGAGAUCCCAAGUGACAGUGAGGAGAGUACAAUUGAGAGUGGAUCCUCAGCCUUACAGGGUUUUCAGGUACAAGAACCAGCAGCAAUGAGCCAAAUACAGGGAGAAGAGUCCCUUGACUUGAAGAGAAGACGGAUUCACCAGUGUGACUUUGCGGGAUGCAGCAAAGUGUACACCAAAAGCUCUCACCUGAAAGCCCACCGAAGAAUCCAUACAGGAGAGAAGCCUUAUAAAUGCACCUGGGAUGGCUGCUCCUGGAAAUUUGCUCGCUCAGAUGAGCUAACCCGCCAUUUCCGCAAGCACACAGGCAUCAAGCCUUUCCGGUGCACAGACUGCAAUCGUAGCUUUUCUCGCUCUGACCACCUGUCUCUGCACCGCCGGCGCCAUGACACCACAUGAGCGGCACAGACUGCACUAGAAGAGCUGCACUGGUCUCUUUCUUGUGUGUGUGUGUGUGUGUGUGUGUGUUCACGUGCGCGCAGUGGGAUCAUGACCAUCUUUUCCUCUUUGACUCAGCUUGCCUCUGGGAUGGGAUUGGAACAGUUCACUGAGCCAGGCUGACGAAACUGGAGGAAAAGAUAGCUGAUCUUCCAUAGGGACUCUUUAUAUUCCACCUUCAUUUCUCCACUGACUAGUCACCAGUUUUUUCAACCUCCGCAUGGGUUGAAUUCCAAUGCGGCACCCAUGGUUGCCCCCUUCCUGUCCCUGUUAUGAGAUAGGACAUUUUUCCUACAAUACGAAAACAGGAAUCAAAUUCAAGGCUGUGAACAAACAUACGCUGCUUUUUGUUCUUAUUUUCCUCUUGUUUUAUAGAAUUCUUAUCAUAUUUCUGAAUCAUUACAUCAAAGUGGUUUGUAGUGUCCUAAAUUGACUUUUUUCAAGUUCCUAGACAGAAAAGAGCAUAACAUUGUAGUUGGCUGGUAAGAUUUACAGGGAUUUGGGUCCUGAGUAUAGGGCACAUUCUCAGUGAAUAAGCUGAGUCCCAUACCAAGCUCCAAGGUUUUGUAAAGCCAAUUCUAUUUGUUCUUACAGUUUGGUUUUCAGACAGUGCUGGUGCUUCUUGCUUCUUUAGUCCAUCAAAGGGAAUGAAAGGAUCUUUUUGUCCUUCUCCUUUUCCUCCUCUUCUUCCUCCUCCUCCUUCAGGAUUAAAGAUUUUGCUGCACAAUUACAUUCUUUGUUUUGUUAAAUUUGAACAAAAAUUCAAAGCACAUAUCGACCUGCCAGUAGGGUAAAAAGUGUUCCAGGAGAGUAAGUUGGGCAGUGACAGGAACAAGUAGACCCAGGAUGAUCCUGAAAACAAAUAGAGGAGGACUUUUUUUGGAUAGGAUAUCAAAAGCGCUAUAAUCACAAGUCUCAUUCAAAUGGCAAUCUGUUGAGACAAUGUCUUGAGAGGCCACACUGUACUGUGUAUUCUUCUGUUUACAUAAAGCAACUGUUAUGCGCAUAUUGCAUGAUGAGAAAUGACACACUGGGACCAUGUUAUACUGAGGUGAGGGGUUGGAAGAAAAAAAUGUGUUAAGUCCAUGGCAUUAUUAGCAUGCAUUCCUAUGUUUCAAAUGGAUCUAUAAGAGGCUUUUAGUGAAAACUGACAAACAGAAAGCAAUUCGCUGUUCUGCAACUGCUAUGAACAUCUAAGCCAUUUACUUUAGCCAUUAUAACAUGUUGCAUAAUAUACACAUUUGCUUACCCAAUCAGACUGUUUUAUAAUAGUCUCUGGGACAUAAAACCCUCUGUUCCAGGCCCUGGACCUCAGAUCUACCUCCACAUGGCAUAUUUCCUCUCCUGGGGUCAGGGAGGGGAGGUUUGCAUCACUUAAUUGUGGACACAGCCUCUCUCCUGGAAAAGGUUGUCUUCAUUUGGUACCCUUUUUCCUUGGCAGAUAUUCAACCAGUCUCUCUUGAAUACUUCAGGUCAUUACUUCCCAAGGCCACCUAGUCUGACUAAAUCAUAGAAUUCUAGCACCAAGAAGGGAUCCUAUUAGCUAUCUAGUCCUACCCAUCAUUAAUAUUUUACAAAUGAAACAAAUACGGGUCAAAUUCCUUUCCCAGAUGUUUCCUUGAGGCCUUACAGACCUGCACACCCAUUCUCCCAGGGAUCACAUUAUUAAACCAAAUUAAAGAAAUAUUUACAUGAUUGGUUGCAGUAUUUGUCCAAGUUUAUAUGUUAGGCUUCAGAAAACUUUAGACCACUCACAAAAUCAUUUACAGUUGACUAAAUGUUAAGUAAAAUGUGCUUGUGGUCGUUGAUAUAUAACAUUAGGAACACAGUUUUUCUAUUCUAACACUUUCUAUAAUAUCUCAGGUUUGAUUUACCUCAUUUCAAGUUACAGUGUCUUUUCAGACCAUAAACCCUCAUAAAUUUAAGGACUACCUGUAUUUUUCAAAAUGAUAUGUAGAUUUUUACUAUUUUUGCCUUGUUAUUUUGAUAUAGGUUUUACCCUGACUUUUGGUGUGCAAGUUCCACACUGUAGACUAAUUGUUAAAGCACUAGGAAAUAUCUAGGACCAAUCUGUUAAAGGGGACAUCUAUGCAGGUGUAAGACAGGUUGUUAAAGGUGAAUUACCAUCAUACAUAAGUUAAGCUUAUAAUUGAGUAGUUGAUAUGGUAUUUCACAGUAGAGUCUAAGGGCUUACCCAUUUUCUCCAGAGUUUGGAUUUGAGACUCCUUUUCCAGAGUUCAUAACUGACCUGUGCCCAUCAGGAUCUUUUGCAUUGGAGCAUAUGAUCUAUUUAUAAAUAAAGACUAUAAAACAUAGUGUUGUACUAACUAGGAUAAUCAAAUUAGAACUCCAAAUAUUGGUAUCCCUGACAUCUCUAAGCCUUUAUUCAAUUUUUUCCCUGCAAAGUAAUGAGGGGUUUUGUUAAUGCUUUAUUAAUUGUCUAUGGUCAGGAAACAAUUCUAAUCCUAUUUUUAUUGCCCUCUUCCCUCCAAAUAAUGAUAAAAUCUUUACAAAUUAUUUCCAUGUUCUUUAAGAAAUAUAUCAACAUUCAUUAAGAGCAUUUCAUGGAGUACAGGUACUCGAAUACAGUAUAAUACUGUACCACACCAAAAGCAUGUAGAACUUUGCUAAAUAGUGAGAUGGAAAAGAACUGGCUUUCUUAGGUAGCAUUUGGAAUUAAUUGAAUUUGCUGUGCUCACAUCAGCUAACCACCAUUAUGUGACAGUUGCCUAGGGCAUGGAAAAUUGCCUUGAUCGAUAGGGUUAAAUAAUAUCUUGGAAUUUAUUGCAGUGGAAUUCCUCCAUUUGUAGAUGAUUGGCAAUUGAACAUUACUAUUGAUAAUUAUGAUUGGAAAAUUCAGGAAAAACUAUGAAGAAUAUGAACUGCUGAGUACAUUAGGUGGAAUGCAUUAUGGGCAAGACAGAAAAGUUUGUGAGAAAAAAUUCUUAAAUUCUUUUUAAAUAAAAUUUUUAUUUUAACACAGUUUUAGAUUUACAGAAAAAUUCUGAAGGUAGUACAGAGAGUAUCCCUAUAUCUC